UUCCAAAAUGGAAAACAAUCUAUUGCUUUGUAUUUUAGUAUUGAUUCCCGCCUUUGCAUCCUCAGACUUUUUGCUAACACAUGUCAGAAACAUCAAGAAGCGAAAUGCUGAUAAUGACUUGAUUGUCAAUGGGAUAGAAAUCUAUAGCAUGAAAAUUGAUAGUAAAGUAACUUCCCGAUUUGCCCACAAUGUCAUCACCAGUCGAGCUGUCAAUCGUGGAAAUGUGUCCAAAGAAGUCUUCUUUGAUGUUGAACUCCCUAAGACAGCCUUCAUUACCAACUUCAGCAUGACAAUUGAUGGUGUCACCUAUCCUGGAACUAUAAAGGAGAAAGAAGCUGCAAAAAAGCAAUAUGAGAAGGCUGUUUCAAGAGGACAGACUGCUGGUCUUGUCAAAGCUUCAGGAAGAAAAACAGAAAAAUUCACUGUCUCAGUCAACAUUAAAGCAGCCAGUAAAGUCACUUUUGAACUCACAUACGAGGAACUGCUGAAGCGACAGUUUGGAAAAUAUGAAAUGUUCAUCAAAGUAAAACCAAAGCAGCUUGUCAAAGAUUUUGAGAUUGAAGUAGAUAUCUUUGAGCCCCAGGGUAUCACUGAGCUGGAAGCAGAAGGAACAUUCAUCACCAAUGAGCUGCAAAAUACCAUUAAAAAAACUUUUUCAGGAAAAAAGGGUCAUAUCUCUUUCAAGCCAACCCUUGAUCAGCAGCGAACCUGUGCAAAUUGCUCACAGUCUGUCUUGGAUGGGGAUUUUACUGUAAAAUAUGAUGUGAAGAGAACAACUCCAGAUAAUUUGCAGAUUGUCAAUGGCUACUUUGUACACUUCUUUGCACCAACAAAUCUUCCAAAGUUGUCCAAGAAUAUUAUUUUUGUAUUGGAUACUAGUGGCUCAAUGUAUGGAAGAGAAAUUGAACAGACAAAAGAAGCACUGCUAAAAAUUCUAGAUGACAUUAAAGAAGAUGACUUCUUCAAUUUCAUAUUAUUUGAUAGUGAAAUAUCUACCUGGAAAGAAACAUUAAUCAAGGCCACUCCUGAGAAUUUGGAUGAGGCAAGGAAGUUUGUUCAGCGCAUUUCUGUUCAAGGCAUGACAAAUUUACAUGGUGGUUUGAUGAGAGGGAUUGAUAUUCUGAAUGCUGCUCACGAAGAAAACCUUGUGCCCAGGAGAAGCGCUUCUAUAAUUAUCAUGUUAACAGAUGGCCAUCCAAACGUAGGUGUAUCAAAUACUCAGGAGAUUGAGAAAGCAGUAAAGAAGGCCAUUGAUGGCAAAUACACCUUAUACAAUCUUGGUUUUGGCAGUGGUGUCGACUAUGGCUUCUUGGAGAGGAUGGCACUGGAGAAUAAAGGAUUGGCCCGUCGGAUUUAUCCUGACUCUGAUGCAGCUUUGCAGCUUCAGGGGUUUUAUGAUGAGGUGUCAAAUCCCAUGCUCAUAGAUGUGGAGUUAAACUACCCAGAAAAUGAAAUAUCAGACCUAACUACUAACAGCUUUAAGCAUUUCUAUGAUGGGUCUGAGAUUGUGGUGGCUGGGCGCUUUGUAGACAGCAACCAAAACCAUUUGUCUGUAGAUGUAAGAGGUGAAGGUGCUGACAACGCCCUGUCAUACACUACACAGCAAGGUGCGGAGCAAACAGCUCAGGCUUUCCAAGAACAACAAUACAUAUUUGGAGAGUACAUUGAAAGGCUCUGGGCUUAUCUUACCAUUGAACAACUCUUGGAAAAACGCAUUACAGCUACAGGAGAAGAAAAGGAAAACCUUACAGCUCAAGCCCUGGCUCUCUCACUAAAGUACAAGUUUGUAACACCACUGACAUCCAUGGUGGUAACAAAACCAGAAGAAAAUGAUAAUGAAGAAGGGAUUGCUGAUAAACCCACUGAAGCUGAAGCAGGGAUGUUCACAGGUCCUUUGGUGGCUUCACCACUAUAUCACACACAUGCACCACAACCCACAUGGUAUACUAGUGUUGAUGGAGAUCCACACUUCAUUAUAUCAGUGCCACAAAAAAAAGAUGCCAUUUGUUUCAAUAUCAAUGAAAACCCUGGUAUGAUCCUAAAUUUAAUAAAUGACCCAGUUACAGGCAUCACAGUCAAUGGAGAACUUAUUGGUGAUAAGAGAGCAAAUAGUGAUGCAAAGAUCCAAAACUCAUAUUUUGGAAAACUUGGCAUAGCAAAUAAGCACCUGGAUUUCAAGCUGACAGUAACUCCUGAGACAAUCACAAUUCAGAAUGGUGAUGAAAAAACAGCUUUCACCUGGCUGGACUCAGUCACCUUGAAACAAGCAGGAAAUUGAUUCAAGCCCUGCUGGAUUCUGCUCUCUACUUUGUUGUGUAACUGCUGAAUUAUUCACAAAUUCCUCUGCUUGGAAUAAGUAAAUGAAGAUUUCCCCCUGAUUUUCUACUACUGUGACUAAGGUAAAAUUAGAUUUGGUAUUGUGCUUAAUGUAGCAGUGUCUUGCAAAUACUUAAGGAGUAACUUCAGACAUAGUGUGUAAUCUUUCAAAGGCAUAAUAAUGUCCCAUAAAAAAAAUCUCCAUUUAAAAAAUGGAACUUGUGGCAGUUACAGAAUUGAUAUUUUUUUCUUGUCAGCAGGUAUAUUUCUCAUGGGAUCUAUUACAGAAUCAUUUAUACCCGUGCAGAAGGUUUAUAAAAGGAACAGGCAACAUUGUCUCUUCCUCCUUUACAUUUCAUUGUGUAGAAUAAAAUUCCUGCUUUCUCAAGGCCUGGCAGUGCAGCAGAAAGAGCAAACUGUCAUUCAUACACAUGCUUUUUUUAUUGUGAUAAAUGCAUGGAUGAUAUCACUAACACAAUCAGAAGCAAAUCUUCUCUACCCAGGCACUAAAAUAGGCAGUUUGGGAGUUGACUUCUCUGAAAAACUAAAGGAAAAAUUGUCAUGUAGCAUCCAGGCAAGGAAGUGAUGGUUUAAUCAAUAGAAUUUGUAUCACUGAGCAUGAGGUGCUGUAUCUACAUAUCACAAACCUAUCUGUGACUAGUUAUACUGUUAAAGAACAGGUUUUGCAAAAAACAUCUUACUGAAAAGUUGAAAGGCCCCAUAGCCUUUUCCAGUGUCAUUUAAUAUGAUUCUGUGACUGUCUGUGACACGCAGAGAGACUCCAUGGACCAAACUAGGCAGGAAACCCUCUCUUUUAAAAAACACCGAGCAGUUUAUAAAGCCACAUUUGUUUCUUGGACAUGUUUUGUCUUCUCCCAUUUCUUCCUGUUGUUGUUAACUCUGGUUAACACAACACUCUAAGUCAUGUUUUUCUUUUUUCCUCAGUUUAACUUUGAUAAUUAACA